AUGCCAGUACCAAAAAGUAGACUACUGAAAGUAGCGGAAGUAUCAGCAAGGAUAUUUGACGAAAACUUUAAUCCGAAAUGUAUUCGAACAGGAUCCAAAAUACUAUCACAACGUCUUAAGGGACCAACUAUUGCUUCCUACUAUGGUAAUCCUGACGUGCUUAAAUUUAAGCAUUUGAAGACGCUAUAUCCAGAAUUUAAGUUCAGUGAUCCAGAUGAAGAUUAUCGACUUGCAAAGGUGGAAGCAAAGAAGCGUCGUGGUAAGGGUGCACCCAAGAAAAUGAAGAAAGAGGCUGCCGGAGGUAAGCAUAAGAAGAAGUAA